AGUUGAUGGUACAAGAUGGUGGCCAUGAACUGAAGGAGAAGGAGGUGGGUGAUGAUCUAGACUCUCAGUUCCAACAACAGUCAUGGCCGGUUUCACAAAAUGCAAAAGGAAUCAACCUGGUUCCUUGUUGUUCACAAGAAGUGUUCUUUGCUCACCACCUAUCCAAGACAAGAGGAAGACUUGAACCAUUGUGUGGAGCAAUGGGAAGAUACUUGUGUGUAGAAGCUGGUUUAAGAAGCGCAGGCCACGAGGUUGUUGAGCUCCUGGUUCAAGACAUACAAGCGGAAGACCAACCAUUGUGUGGAGCAAUGGGAAGGUUCUUGUGUGUAGAAGCCGGUUUAAGAAGCGCAGGCCACGAGGUUGUUGAGCUCCUGGUUCAAGACACACAAGAAGAAGAAGGUCACCACCUAAGCCAUGAGGAAGGCCGGUGAUCUGAGGGUACUUGAAGCUGAAGGCAAAAGGGUGGAUCAGUGAUUUAAGCGCAGCUGUUAGGGUGAUGUGCUCCUGGUCUUGAAGUUCAUUGAGGCUCAUUUCAAGCUUGGAUCUCCCCCAUUCUCGGUCUCAAGCUUGUGGUGGGGAUUCAAAUGACCAACCUGAAGAGCUAAAGUUCAAGACAUGUUUCCUCCUUAUCACUACAACAGAAUGAUAAAAUGAAGCCUGUUGCCAACAUUCUGUGGGAAGUCCACAGCCUGCUCCAAAGAGGGUAGAGAGGAUGUUGUGACAAUGGAGAGAUGACUUGUGGUUCUGUCCAUGGUGGUUUAGUCACCAUAGCCUACACAUCAGAUGAGUGUAGAGAGGACAGUCGACAUACAAAGAAGAGCAUCACCAGGAGGGUGAUGCAAUUUAAACCAAGACCAUUGCAAGCUGAUCAUGGAGUGAUCCAGCUGAAGUAGAGGGAAGAAGAAAGCUACUCAAUAAGCUUCUGGUGUGAGAUGCUUGGAGAGUGAGCAUUGCAAGAGGGAUGGGCACACCAAGGAGAGGUGUUGGAUACUGAAUCCAAGCCUCAAACCUGCCAAGUUCAAGUGAACCGUGCCCAUGGAGGUUCAAGAGAUCAG